ACACUUUUUUAGCUUUAAGUCUCGAGAAAAGGUCCCGUAUUCGUGAUAUGAAGAAAAGUGUUGUCGAUAAAGGAGCAGAUAGUUUCAUACUACAAGCCGGAAUCGCUCUCAACAAACGAUCUCUAGCAUCCACUGGUUCAUUCCUCUCCCCAUAAGAAGUUCAUAUAGAAGAAGUGCACACUAAGCCGACUAAAGAUGAUAUCAGGAGAAGAUAUCAACACCACUGCAGAGGCUCUCGGGGACACAGUAUCCUUGAUCUCCUCUGAAGACACCACCUCAAUUCCAGCGACUCUGGAGUCAAAUUCUACUCAGUACAGUGAUCUUGAGGAGAUCUCUAUCUCGGAUACACUGCUGGUACCACUCCCUCCAACUCCUUACUACAAGGUGGAAGACAAGUUCCUGUUCGACGACCUAGUAGAUGAUAUAUCAGAGGAAAAAGCUUGCGAGGAGAAGAGACCCAGGGACAGAUACAACCGCUACUUCGUAGCAUUUAUGAUCCUUGGAGCUGGGUUUCACCUGCCCUUCAACAGCUUUGUGGCAGCAGUUGACUACUUUAUGCUCAGCUUCAACCGGAACAACAUGGCAUUUAUAGUCGCCUCCACAAACUCCUACACAGUCUGUUUGGCGGUGAUCAUCAACGUGGUUCUGGUUAACAAGGUCUCCACUCAUAAGAGGAUCUCCUUCGGUUACCUGGCCUUCAUGAUAUCCCUGCUCUCCAUGGCCUUGCUGGUGGCGCUCACAAUCCUGGGUGUGGUGGACAGUAGCACGGGGUUUCUGGUGACCAUUGGAGCUACCAUCUUCACAGGGAUAGGGUGCGGAGUGCAAGAGGCCAGUUACUAUGGUUACGCUGGCAUGUUGCCCAGCAAGUACACCAGGGCCCUCAUGUUAGGGGAGAGCUUCGCUGGGCUUGUGGUCUCAUUCAACAGGAUCGUGACAAAGUUGACGAUUGAGGACCCCCUUACCAAUACUGUUAUCUUCUUCUCCCUGUCAAUAGUCGGUGAAAUAGUGUGCAUUAUCCUUCACAGAUACAUCAAGAAAAGCGAGUUUGUGAAGUAUUACAAAGCGAAGGAGGAGGCUGCGACUGCUGAAGAUAAACACCAGUACGAUACCGUAUCUUACUCUCCUCUUCCCUCAAAGACAAAGAAGUCUGCCUGGGACUCGAUCAAGGAGGGUCUGAAGCUACGGCUCAAAGUAAGCAAGAAAAUCUGGAAGCUGAUGUUUGGGAUCUUGAACGUGUACUUCGUGACCAACCUACUCUACCCUGGUGUGGCAUCCGUUAUAGGAUCUUCGUGGUCGAACGGCUGGCUCCCGGUCAUCCUCAUCACAGCUUUCAACCUAUCAGACUUGGUAGGAACCCUGGUAACUGGGCUACCCUGGAAGAUGCCGGAUAAUAUCCUCCUGUUGAUGGGAUGUCUGCGCUGGGCGCUCAUACCCAUUCUAUUGAUGUCCGUCCUACCGCUUAAUGGUCCCUUCAUCUCUGGAGAAGGAUGUCCCUUGAUCGUGAUCCUGAUCCUGGGGUUCACCACCGGUUACAUGGGCUCUACUCCCAUGUGCGCUGCUGCUGAUAAAGUUAGCCUAGAAGAACGAGAAAUGGCUGGUAAUCUCAUGACCAUGAUGAUGUUGCUUGGCUUAACUCUGGGCUCUUCAUCUGCUCUUAUCAUCAACAAAGUCAUGGGAAUCGCCGGACAAUCAGAGAUUUAGGUCGAUAGCCUUACAAAGACGGGCAUUACAGUGAGUAUGUGAUUCGUUAUUACAGUGAUUCUGAGAUUAGGUACGGGUUUAUUGAUACAAAAGGUAACGACUUGUUAUUUAAGUAACAUUAUAAGGUACUGAAAAUCGAAUCAUAUUAUGUGUGUUAAAUGUAUGUAUGUGCCCUAAACGAGAAAUUUAUCGGGUGAAACCUACUUACAUAUUCAAUAUUCCGAAAUAUAAGCGUAUUCGAAUUUGA